AUGGUGGAAGGGGAAACUCUUCAAAAUCCAGAAGAUAUUGAGAGGGAGAUCAUCAGAUUCUAUAAGAAUUUAUACAUUAGAGAAGAGGAAUGGAGGCCAUCAGUAACUAGUAGGAACCAUCCAAGGAUCUCAUCAGAAGAUAAUUCAAUGCUUCAAAGUCCAUUUGAAGAACAUAAAAUAUGGGACAGUGUGAGGGCAUGUGCAGGAGACAAAGCACCUGGUCCUGAUAGGUUCUCAAUGGCUUUCUUCAACAAGUGUUGGGAGGUAGUCAAGGAUGAUGUGGUUCCAAUUUUUGUGGCUCUAAUUCCAAAAAAGGUGGGGGCCAAAGAAUUAAGAGACUUCAAGCCUAUCAGUUUGAUAGGCAGUAUAUACAAGACAAUUUUAAAGCUUCUAAUUGAGAAACUCAAAAAGGAUGAGCUUCAGAGAAAGGUGGAUUGGUUGGAUACGAUCCUGUAUUUCAACAGUAAGCUUCUCAAUCCUGAUCAAUGGGGCCCAACUGGUUUUUUCCAAUAUCAGAGGGGGCUAAGACAAGGGGAUCCUCUUUUCCCCUUUCUGUUCAUUAUUGCCAUGGAAGGACUAAAUGACCUGGUAAAGGUAGCACAAACAAAUGAAUGGAUCAGAGGCUUCAAAGUGAGUAGUAGAGCUAAUAGUAACAUGAGGAUAUCACACUUGCAGUACGCUGAUGAUACCUUGGUGUUUUGCGAAGCUGAAAGUGAACAUGUAAAGAUUCUGAGGGUGAUCUUCAUUCUAUUUGAAGCUUUUUCCGGGCUCCACAUUAACUGGCAGAAAAGUUUCAUCUGCCCAAUUAAUGAGGUGCCAGGUAUCCAAAACUUGGCCAACAUUCUGGGGGGGACAGUAGGGGAGCUUCCAACUGUUCAUUUGGGGAUGCCUUUGGGUGCAAAAAGUAAGGCAAAAGGCAUAUGGAACAAUGUAUUAGAGAAAUGUGAGAGGAAAUUAGCAAAUUGGAAGAAUCAAUAUCUAUCCAUGGGGAAAACUUACUCUGAUCAACUCUGUGCUUGA